AUGCCAAAAUUUAACUUUUUCCCGAAAGUAAAUUUUUUAGCUUAUAUUAAAAAAAUUAAAAUAAAGUACAACCCCUGUGCUGCGUACAAUGACAACUGUCGAAAUUUAAUUUAUCACAUUGAAACGCAGCAGAAAAAAGACAAGUUCCUGGAUUUGGAAUACAAAUUGGAGUUGAUCGAUUAUAAUGAAGAGCCUCUAAUAGAAAUAGAAAUGCAGAAUUCCAAAGUUUUCAAGUUUAAUCCUGAGAAUUACGAUUUGCCAGAAAUACAACGAGUACUUGACGAAGAUCAGCAGCAGUUGCACAAGAACUUUAUGAAGACAAAUUUGUUAGAGAAUAAUGAAAAAUCCUUUUAA